UGCUGUAUUGGUGAUCGUGGAAAAAAUAACACACUCGACUCCAAUGGCCGCCAUUUAUUGAAUUUGUAGGCACUUGGGAAAAUGGUCCGAUUUUUCAACUUCGAAUUGCUCUGGUAGAAUUCCAUAAAAAUAUUUUGAAAAAUUGUACAAACUAUAGUGAAUUAAAGCAGUUCUCAAGUGAACAUUGAAUUUUGUUUAUAAUAAAAGUGAAAAUAGCUAAAAAAGCUCUACGAAAUUUGUUGACAUUUUUCCUUACAAAAUUCUGUACUCUUAUUUGUGCUGUUGGUACCCAAACCCAACUUAAAUCUUUUUUUUUUUCUAGUGCAGACUUUGUCGCGGGUGUUUCUAUUCUCAAAUCAAAAAAGUUCUCUUCAUCCAUUUAUAAUAAUUCUACGUAAACGUUUUGCUGCUAAGCUACAACGUCAAUUCCGAAAGAAAAAUAAAUAAAAUCAUCUAAAAUAAAUAAUUGAAAACGAAAAGAAAAAAAAGAAUAUUUUCAGUGAAUAAAAAGAAAAUUGUGGAAUUUUCGGGGAAGUUUUCCUUGUGAAUGUUUUAACUUUCCCACCAACCAACGACGGUGGCAUUUGGCUGAACUAAUUGAAUAUGAAAUCAAAGCCUUAAAAAGAGGGAAUGAAACACCAAUCAUUUAACAAUCGGAAAAUAAACUACAAGAAACAACCCUAGCAAAAGAACAAACAAAAACCAGAUCCAAUAAAAACAAAAAAACAACAAAACGAAACAAAAAUUAUUUAAAAACUUAAUAAAAUUGUUGUCUUUAGAAACAGUAAUGUUAUCAGAUGUGAUGGCUUACAAUGUAAUGUCAACGGAAACAAAGAAUUCUCUUGAUAUUUAUAAAAAUAGCCCCCAUGAUUUUGGGGGCCCACCAUCAGCGUUACUGUCACCGAUAAAGCCCGAUGAUAACAGUUAAGUGUAAAAUAAACAAAAAAAUAGUUAAUAGAAAAUUAAACAAAAAAAAGAAAAAAAAACUUUUAAAAAAUUUAACAAAAAAAUGAACUUUCUAAGGAAUUUAUAAACAAAAAUAAGUGAACAAUAUUUAAAAGAAAACAAAAAAAUCCAAAAACUCAACCAACUACACAAGAAGAAAAAAAAAACUAAAAGGAUUAAUCAUAAGAAAAAAAAAAAGAAAAAGAAAACAAAGAAAGAAAUUGAUUUUCUUUAAAAACUUCUUCUUCGACGUUAGUAUCUAUCUAUCUAAGCAAAUGCCAAGAGUGGCAACACAAAAAUAGCUUAUUGCAAUGCCAUUACAAUCGUCGGGUAUAAUUGUUGUAGAAAAGACAUCAGUUAUUGCUGGUUCAGGCACAACAACAACUUUAACCAAUAACAAGUCAAAUCUGCAACAAUUUUAUGAAUUUUACGAUGUCAAUGAUGGCAAUGUGGGUAACAUUAUCACCGAAACAAACAAUAAUAACAACAACAACGGUAAUAGCAAUAGUAGCAAUAAUAGUAAUCCCCUAAUGCGUCGACAUCAGCGUACGAUAUCAUCGUCGUCUUCGUCGUCGAUACAUUCACCAUCUUCCACAUCUAUUCAACAACAGCAACAACAACAGCAGCAGCAACAACUUAAACAUCACCAAGUUGUUACAACAAAUCUUCAAACACUUGCCUAUAAUCAACAACAACAGCAACAACAACAACAGCAGCAACAGCAGCAGCAAAUGAAUCAGCUUAGCCAACAGCAGCAGCAGCAUCAUCAACAAACAUCAUCUUCAGGAGGUGGAGGAGGAACAGCAGGAGCAUCAGCAGGACAACAGUUGAUUGUAAGCGAAGAGUAUCUCGAGCACGCACAAAACUCAGGAGCAAACAGCGCGUCUAAUAAUGGAGGCAAUGGCAAUGGAAAUGUCAUGAUAUCAACAACGAAUGAAGUGCUAAAUCAGCAGAUAAUCAAAAUUGUUACCGCCGGAGGACCGUCUGGCAACAUGAUCAUAGAUUCCAUGGGCAAUGUGACCACCACAAAUGGAAGUGGUGGCAGCGUUGGCGGAAACAAUGGUACCUCUAAGGUACUCUUUAACAACCUGACCGUGAUGUCGAAGCAGACAAAUUCAGCUGGUACUGGAGGAGUCCAAACGACAGCGACUAGUCAGUUAACACAACAGCAGCACCAUCAGCAGACAAUAAACUUUGUGAAUGCCAAGAGUCUGCCCUACAUUACGACGACAUCGAAAGGACAAACUACCACCUUGCAAAAGAUGACUGCUUAUAAGACGAAUAACAUUUCCAUAAAACAAGGAAACCAGCCGUCGCAACAACAACAGCAUCAUGUCCUAACUUCAGCGGGCAGACAAACUGUCAUUGGAAAUCAGCAGCAGGGGCAGUCCCAGCAGCAAGUCGUUCAGAAGGUGACUAUGCCGCGGAAUGUACAAAUGGUAACAAGAGUCCAGACGUUAGUUGCUCCGCAGCACUCACCCCAGCAGCAACAGCAACAACAGCAGCAUAUGCCAAACAGUGGUCAGAUGGUGGUGCAACAAAAAUACGUUCACAAUGUUGUCACUACUGGAAGCUCUGGUAUUGCCAAGACAAAUUUGAUCAAGAAAUCCACCGGACAAUCGAUGAAGCUGCAGCAGCAUAAGAUAAUCAGCACUCAACAGCAGCAGCAGGGAGUGAAAACGUUUAUUCAGCAACAGCCAAGUGGUGGCAACAAUCAACAGCACUAUCAAACGAUCAAUAUCAACCAAAGCCAGCAUCAGAAUUCAUCAAGCGGGAUACCACAGACGACUCUGAAGCACAUCAAGUCACAGAAAAUCAUCAAACAAUACAAUAAUGCGAUCACAAAUAGCAGUGGUGCGGUCUCUGUGGCGACUUUGCACCAUAAUCAUUCCGUUAAUGCUUCUUCGGUGCCGACAUCGGGAACCUACACAAUAAGCAAUAAGAUCAAUAACGCCGGAGUGCAUCAACAACAUUUGACAACGAAGCUAUCGAAACAUCCGAAGUAUGUUAUGCAAAAUCAUAUUGUCAUUCCUUCGUCGCAGAAUCAAAAUCACAAAGUGGUGAAUAAUGCCAACGGAAACAGCAUCAUGGUCAACCAGCAGAUUUUAAAUACAAUAAACUCGUGCAACAAUAGUUCGGGAACAAUCAAAUUUGUGAAUGCUCAUGGAACAGUUAUUCAACAACAGCAGCAGCAGCAGCAACAACAACAGCAGCAACAGCAGCAGCAGCAACAACAGCAAGCUCCGACUAUUAUUACCACGACAACUCAAAAAGUGCGAACGAAUAGUGGGAGCAGCGGAGGUGGCGGUGGUGGUGGAAAUAACAACCACCAAUACCAAGCACAGCAGCAAGUCCACAUUACGCAACAGCAAUUCGUUACACAAGAAGGAUCAAAAUCUGACGGCAAUAAUAUCUACCAUGUAUCGUCUACUCCAUCAGGAAACUUCAUACAAAACUCUGGCCCUCCGCAACAACAAAACACCCAACAGAGCUCGCCCCUGCACACGGAUGAUAUCAUGAUUGUAAAUGGUACACAAAUGACCGAUGAACUAUCGGCCAGGAUUCUCCAAAGUAUGGCCCAGAAAUCGUUUAAUAACCAGCAACGAUUCCAUCAGCAGCAGCAGCAACAACAACAGCAGCAACCGCAAUCAAAUACAUCAAAGUUAAUACACCAGUCAAGCAAUAUGCCGCCACCAUCACAGCUAACGGUGCAACAACAACACCAUGCCUCAACAUCGAAUCUGAUUUUAUCACCCAAAGAAUAUCCAAUCUACGGAGUUCAGCAACAGCAACAGCAAUACCAACAACAGCAGCAACAGAGAUUAUGCAAUAGUGCGCCCAAUAGCCGAUCACAAUCACUCGAGAGGAAAUAUCACGAUACAACAAUAUCAACGAAGAAAUCAACAACGGAGUACUAUAAAGUCAAAAACGACACCAUUAUAAAUCAGCAACAGAUUCAACAACAACAUCAUCUGCACCACCAGCAAUCAUCAGCGGCAGCGAUGGCAUCAAGAAUUCCAAUUGGAACAACAUUGACACAACAUCAACACCAUCAUCAACACCAACAACCCCAACACCAGCAGUCACAACAACAGCAGCAGCAACAACAACAACAGCAGCAGCAACAACAACAUCAUCAUCAUCAUCAACAGCAGCAACAACAACAACAACAACAUCUACAGCAGCAACAACAACAACCACAUUAUCAGCAACAUCCAAAGCGGUCGCCGCCUUCCCAUGCUGAUCAAGAUGAUGAGUUAAUUGGUGAAGAAGUACGUCCGAUUCCUGUUAAUACGAACGAUGUACGUCUGCAAGUACUGCAAGCGGUAUUACAGGAUCACACAUAUGUCGUACCGAUGCCAACCCGAUUCCCAAUCGAUUUGCCAUCUUCAUCGCCUGUGGCUCCAUCGACUGUUGUUGUUCAACAACCAACCAACCAACAUCUGCAGCAACACCAAAACCAACACCACCAAAACCAAACAGCGUCAAUUUCUUCUGCGGUGAUUUCUUCAAUGCCAACAGCGCCAGUGGUCGGGCAAUCUAAUAAAACCCUCCCAGAUACAAAAGUUGUGUAUUCGACAAGUUUACCCAACAACGCAUCAGGUCAAGUUUCCCAGUUGUCCUUGAUCAAUGUGAGUGCUCAGAACCAACAUGUUCCAUCAACAACAUCAACGUACACAAUGUACGGACAACAAAUUGUAAGACCACAGCAAGAUGACGAUGCACACUCAGCCAUUAGCAAUGGUUCUACAAGAGUAACUGGAGCAUCCGGGGAAAUUGAUCCUGGCGAAGAGACCGAGACAGCACCUGAAGCAGAAGCUGAAGAUGACUCAAUAACACGGUGUAUCUGCGACCUCACUCACGACGAUGGUUACAUGAUUUGCUGUGAUAAAUGCUCUGCGUGGCAACAUGUCGAUUGUAUGGGCAUUGAUCGUCAAAACAUACCUGAUGAAUACCUCUGUGAGUUAUGUCAACCCCGUGAUGUAGAUCGUGCUCGAGCUCGAAGCUUGCAGCUGCAAAAACGAAAAGAACAAACCCAAAUGCUCCUAAACGCAACUCAGAUGAAUACUGUUGGACUUACUCUCAUUCCCAAUGAUCCGUCCAAAGCAAGUGUGACAUCGGGAGUGCUUCAACAACAACAGCAGCUUGGAGCUGCUUCUGGAUUGCCCGGUUCUACUGCUCCUCCACAACUCAAUAAAAAGGGCAAACUCAUCAAACGAAAAGAACUGGUGAAGAAGGCAAAGAAAGAAAAGACGCCAGGAGUAACGGCUGCGGCGAAGCGACGAGAGGGCAAGAAAACAACAAAGAGAAAGUCAAAGAACAACUCGGGAGACCCGGUGGACAAACACGCUGCAAACCUCCGCCAGUGGAUUGAAAACUACGAAUUGGCUGUAACCAAUCAUUAUUCACCUGAGCUAAGAGCUCGUCUUCACGCCAUCAGCAAACAGCCGAGCCUCCUGCAGACCAUCACGGCGAGGGAGAACAAAGCCCUCAAGCACUGCGGCAGCCUUGAAAACAAAGCUACAACAGUACCACAUGCGGGUGGAAAAAUUCUCAUCAGCAACUUCGACAUCCCGCCGAAUUCCCCAAUAUUCGAACUGCGCGGGAAGUACAUGCUAACUACACAGUACAAAAAUUCAAACACUACUGUCAACAUGAAUAGUCCUCCUCCAUCGAAUUACCUACAGACGCUUAAGUCGCACAAAAUUCCGGGUGCAUUCAUAUUCUUCUAUCAGAUGACCGGCGGGAGUGGCGGCAAUGAUGGGAUGCCAAACGGUCCUGAGAUUUGUGUUGACACCCGAACCUACGGAAACGAGGCACGCUUUGUGAGAAGAAGUUGUCGUCCGAAUGCGGUCAUCCAGCACUUGUUCGAAAAAGGAACCAUUCACCUGUACAUUGUGUCGCUCACAAAUAUCAUGGCAAGCACCGAAAUCACUAUCAAACACGAGCCGCAUGACUUACUUGCCUUGGAGAACAAGAAGCAAUACAGCUUUGCUAUCCAGCCGACCAGCACGAGCUGCGCAUGUGGCCUGACAAAAGAUUGCUUGUUUGGUGUUCCGGCACCACUGCUGCCUGCUGCGGCGCCCGCAACUACAAAACCCGCUCGAAGCAAUAGCAAGGUUGUGCUAAAUGGUUGUGUGGAGAAAAGUGGUGGAGCCACGACGGCAGCGUCCAAAAAGAAGGCCCAAAAUAUGAAUCGUGGAAGAAGCACUUCGUCCAGUGGAGACAGCAAUGCCGGUCUCCUCAGUCCUAAUAACAAUAACAACAACAAUAGUUAUGCGCCCAAUUUGUACAACUCAGCUGCGUCCAUUGCAAGUUUGAUGCAUGAUUCGGGAGUUUACACUUCCUCAUCUUCGCCUUCGGUAUCGAUUCCGUCGCCUCCAUCGGCACACAUCAGUUCUCCACCAGUGCAACCAAUCCAAGCAUUACAGAUGCAAUCACAAUCAGUGCAGCAAUUAGUGCCUCAGCAAGUGCAGCAUGUGGCGCACUUGAAAUUGACACCACCCUCAAUGCAGCCUGUGCAGCAGCCUGUUAACACUCUGCAGCACCUGCCACAACUGCAGCACCUGCCACAACUGCAGCACCCGCCACUACAGCUGAACAAUCUCCCAGCGCCGUUGCUCCUCCCACCGCCGGCUCAAAUUAAUCCUAUCGAGGAAGUGGUGGUGCCCUCUGUUCCGAAGAUGAUACAAAGUGUUCAGGAGGCCAAGCCUGUGGAGGUCUUGCAACCUGUUUCAGUAACAAAACCGAAUGAUUUCGUGCCACAGGAGGUUAAAGUGGAGGUUAUGCCACCGACAUUGCCGCCACCGCCGCAAGUAACACCCCAAACACCACAUCAAGUACUACCCCAAGUAAUAAAACAACCCCAAACAGUACCCCAAAUCCAACCAGAAACACAACCCCAAACACAACUCCAACUGCAACCCCAAGCUAUAAUUCCAACGCAGCUUCAAACUCAAAUCCUAACAAUACCCCAGACUCAAGCUCAAGCGCAACUACAACCGCAAUUGCAAACAAACCCACAAACUCAACCUCCAGUACAACACCCAGUAAUAGCACAAGCUCAGCCAGUGGUUAUGGUGGAAGCUCCAGUACUGGAAGCAAGUCUACCUUUAGUUCUGAACUCACCUGCGCAAACUUCGACACAGGUAAUAGCAAAUGUCAACACAGAAGAAUUACCUGCGGCAUUGCAGCCGGCACCUCACACAGAAGUCACACCUUUGUGUGUUGCGGCGGCGCAGCAGCAAAUUCCACAUCAACAAAUAUUGAACGAAUCACUCCCGGAUGACAUUGGCUCACCAGUGAAAUCGCCACAGAAACCAAACUGCGGUCGAAAGACGCCUGCUAAGCAACCACGAACAAGUGUCUCUGAAGAUUCCAAUGGUGCGAAUCAACAGCAGACGACGCCAACUACACCCACACCAAAUCCAACGCCUAAUCAAAAAACAGAAGAGAAGCGUGAGUCACGAAAACUGACGCGGGAAGAGCGUAAGAUGGAGGCAAUUCUUCGGGCAUUCGAAAAAAUGGAAAAGAACCAGCAGCGAAAGCAGGAGCUGAAGCAAGCCAAAACAGAUGUGUCAAAGCGCAGAAACAGCAAUUCCCCGAGUCCAAAGCGGAGCAACAGUGCAGAUGGUGGAGCUCCCUUCAAUUCCGGGCCGAAUUCAGUGAAGAAGAACGUUUCGAACUCGAUGAAGAAGAAGAAACGGAAGUCUCACAAGUCUUAUAAUAUAAACAGUCAUUCGCAACGGAAGCGUCGAAAGAGUCGCAUGAAUAGCAACGACUCUGAUGGCGCAGGAACUUCUGAGGAGUCUUCGUCAAUGCUGUCACCUACAAUUCAAGGGCUCCAGAAUUGCAUACCGCCCGGUGGAAUACCCACUCCGGAGUCAGUAGCCAAUAGGCAGUCCCAGCUGAUGUCACAACUCAUGGAAGGAGGAGAACCGGAAGGUCAGUUGCCUCCGGACGCGGCUAAUGUUGAUGCUGCCGCCGGCCUGCUUCUAGCCUUUGCGAAUCCCGACAAAGAAAUCAAUGUUCCACAGGAGGAAGAACCAAUUGAUAACAUCAAUCAAUUGAAGUCUCCUGAGAAACAAGAUCUUUCCGGGGAUUCCCGAACUAUUUCUCCGCCUGCUACUCCAACAAUUGUAAGUUCCACAUGUUUGUUAAUUGAGGCUGCCGUUGGGCCUUUGGAAAAUCUCCCCGAAUCUGCGGGACCCUCCGGAGAGUUUAAAUAUCCAGCUAAAACUAAAACAAAGAAGGUUCUCAUGAGCAAUUGGCUGAAUCAGUCUGGUGACUUUAUUCCAAAUCAAGAUCCAGAAUCAGGGGAAAGCCAAUCUGAGAUCCAGGAAGAUACUCAUCAACAUUACCAGCAUCUAGAAAUCCAGAACCAAGAGCUACAAUUGGAACAACAUCAGCAACAUGUGAUAGCUCCGGUUCAAUCAGUGGGACUGGACAGUCUGGUCCAAGCGGCGAUGUGUGAUUAUGGACAAGCACCAAUUGCAAGUCCUUCAUAUGUUUCUCAUAUAUCCAGCUGUGAAGAGCCCCAAAAUCUGAGUAUAGUGGCAAAGAAGGUGGAAGAGUUCAUUAAUCAAACUGAGGCGACGUCAAACAUCGUUGCACCACCACCACCACCAGUCGCACCACCAAUGACGACAACUCAAAGGAAUGCCUUGUCGCUACCCUUACAGGUUAGCACAUGCAGCAAUAACUCGUCUGUAAAGAAGCGCUGGCUGCGGCAAGCUAUUUCCGAGGAAACCGAUGAGAGCUCCACUCCAACUCCACUGUCAGGAGCAUCACCCCAACUUCCCAAUGGAUUUACAACUCCGUUGAAAAAGCGCCGAUUAAUAAUCAACUCCGAUGGUGCUACAGGCGAGGAUUGUACUCCAGAGGAUUCCACUCGAAGCUACUCAGAACAGGGAGGAGAAGGAGAAGCCUCUGUGAAGCAAGAAGAAGUCAGUGAAUUUAAAGAGGAACCGAAGCAGGAAGCUGACAUGGACGACGACGUAGAUAUUUUAAGAUCUCCCAGUCCAGGACAGAAGAUGGUAGCUGAGGAUAAUCUGGUGAAAAUUGAGCCGGAGGACAUGACUUCUGGGGAUGAUGUCAAGAUCGAUGUGGAGCGUGAAGAGAGCCGAGAAGGUGGUGGGGAGAGAUUCGAGUUUAAGGAAGAGGUCAAACAAGAAGAGAAUGCACCAAUAAUAAAAACCGAUGUAGUUUGUAAGAUGGAGGUGAAUAAGGAAACCGUUGUAAAGAUGGAGAAAAACGAAGCAGAAGAACAAGAACAUGUUGAAGUUGAGGAUCAUGUCAAAUCCGAAGAUGAAUACAUUGCCGUGUGUGAUGAGCCAGUUCCUGUUGCAGCCGCUACUGAAACUACUCCGCCUCCUCCACUCCAAGAGGUGAAAGAAGACGUUGUUGAAAUGAAAACCGAAGAAGUCCCUCCAGAAAGAUCUUCUACUGAACCCGUUCCACCAGUUAAAGUUGAAGAAGUCAAACCGCUGCCAGUGGUGGUGAAAAAAAGUGAAGACAAAAAGAAACACAGUAAAGCGGAGGACAAACCCAAACAAAGAAAGUCAUCAUCUUCAUCUUCGGCGUCCACACCACCAAUUGUCCCUAAGUUGGAUUCAUCAGCGGAAAAUGAAAAUAUCCCGGACGAACUGGCUGAUAUACAAGAGCGUCUUCAUUCAUUCCACAAAGAGAAUAUUAUGAUCUUGCAAUCUCGUAACAAAAAAUCUAAAUCACCCAAACAUUCCUCGUCCACAUCGACAACGACUACGUCCUCCUCGACAAAGACGUCGUCGCAUUCCUCCUCGCAAGGUGAUUCCACAAAGAAGACUUCAUCAUCAUCGUCGUCGUCUUCUUCGAAGAAGCCCAAAAAGGCCAGAAAAACGCCAAAGGGUGAAGGAGGAACUGAUAAAACCCCAGUCUCGUCAUCGAAGACAAAGAGUACUAAAAAAUCUUCUUCCUCCUCAUCGACGACGGUGGAGAAAGAAAAGGGAAAGAAACGCCAUCGAACUUCUUCCACUUCAUCAACCUCCUCGUCGAAGAAACGUCAAUUGAAUUUCGAACAUAUCGAUCAUGUGGUGGGUCAUCCUCAUCACAAACGCAGCAACAGCACAAGUAGCAGUAAAGAUGAAUGUUCUGCUGCUAAAAAGCGACGAGAGUCGAGUCGCAGCGACGAAUCACAUAAAUCAUCGUCGGGAGGAAAAUCUCACAAAACCUCGACGUCAAAUUCGAUGGCUUUGCUGCCUUUCACGGAGCAACCCGCACUAUUUGCUGCUGCCUCACAAGCGCCGUCAACGGUACAACCAGUUCCUGUGGUGCUCCCAGUUGCAACUCCUGCAACAGUAGCAACAGUUGCGACCCCUUUGCCUCAGAUGGCACCCCUUCUGACACAUGCUACGACAAAGGAAGAGCAGCAUCUUCAUCAUGCGGCGAUGACAAUCCCGUGCUUCAAUCACACACCAGUCGGUACAAUGCCAAUUGCUGGUUAUGUUGUGGCGAGUUCUACAUCCAUGCCACUCCCUCCAGCAACACAAGGCUAUGACAUGCAGACUUUGAUGAAAGUUCCUGCAUCUGCGGUUCCAGGUCAAACGGCGACAACACCUGGUGGCCACCAUUUGCCAUAUUAUAGCACCAUUUACGGCAAACUCUUAGAUGGGCCAUCAUCAACUUCGGCAGAGCCACCGGUUGCAGUUACUGCGACUACACCAUCUUCUUCGAUCACGACACCAACACCAACGCUAACGCCAACGAACCUUCUUCUUGCCGAGUACUUGGACACAAAGCCGAAAAGCUUUAGUUCAUUGGGAAGCUUUACAUCGCACUCGACGCUAUUUGGCGGUUUGAAUUCGGUAAACGCUUCAACUAAUUCGAUUGAACUAAUCUCAACAGCAGCAGCAGCGGUAGCAGCGGCGACAACAUCGCCAAUUUCGAAUGAUCAAACAUCUCCGAUAAUGGACGCAUCUGGUUCAACACGACUACAGACGACACCAUUAAAGAUGCUCACAAAAACCGCUAGUCACGAUCCUAGGUUAAAUCCAAGUUUAACAGCUCCCGAACCCCCACCAGCACCAAAGAGAAAGCUUUCAAUCAACGAAUACCGUAAGCGUAAGCAACAAUCAACCGACAGCAAUAUCGGAUCGCCAGAAAGUGGCGGCGGUGCAGUUGGUGGUGAGUCUUGUUCACACUCCUCAUCAUCAACAUCAACAACACCAGCAAUAAAAUCUAAUGGCGCACAGGGAGGUUCCUCGUCUGGAACAGCAAUAACAACGACCACACCCUCGGGGGCAAGUGAUAAUGUCUUCGAUAAGGCUUUCGAUGACUGCGAAAGGAGAAAUAAUCUUUGCAAUAGUAAAAUUGAUGAUACUCCCAAAGUACAAUUUAGUCCAGCUCCGACACUUUUGGAGAAACAACAGGAAAGUAUGUCGGAACGUUUGAAAUCGCUAAAGAGUAAACAAGCAUCGUCAGCAGCUUCAAUGGGAAUAUCAUCACUCUUAGACUCAGCUUCAUCAACGUUGAUUGGGUCAACGAAUCAUUUAAAUUUGCAUCGAGAUAAUUUCAUGUCUUCGUCAUUAAAUCGAACAAAUUCCGAUCUAGACAAUUGCCUAGAAUCCAUUUCAUCAUCUUCAACGUCAUUGGCAUCUUCGCGAGAAUCAACACCUGAACCCCGAGAGCAUCUAACACAACAUGCAUCCUUCAAUAAUAUUUCAACAACGAAAAACAAUGCAUGUUCUUCAUCUGCGUCUUUGUCGUCGUCUGUGUCAGCCUCAGCGUCAUCGUUGUCGUCGUUAUUGCCGAAUUCAACAACAACCACUUCGACUAUCUCAAGUAGCACGAGCGCGACACCAACUAUUACAACAAGUACCACCACCAAAACAACCACCACUGUAGUUUCGGAAAAUUGUCUAUCAUACUCUCCGAUUCUCGAUACAAGUGCUGAUAAUUUCGAUUCUCCAAUAGCAGAAUCCAUCGAACAACAAAAAGCCGCCGCAGCAUCUUCUUCACCCAAACAACAACAACAAUCAGACAAUUUAACAGAUACAGAUGGUGGUACAACUCUAGCACACGGUAAGAAAGAUUAAACAAAAA